AUGGAUUUGAAUUAUGUUUACUCGGUGAAGCGGGCAGCAAUGGGUCGGCAGAUCAUGUUCUGCGAGCAACCCACGGAGAUGUGCGACAGCGUGCGGCCCGACGCGGUCGAGGCGCGCCAGUACGUGCUGCGCAACCCCGUGCACCGGCUGACGCAGCACGCGCCGCGCUACUCGCACUGCCUCGUCAACACCGAGCGGGCCGAGUACAGCUGCAGCGGCGCCAACCACGCGGAGGGCGGCUGGCCGCGGGACAUCAACAUUAACGACCCCGAGGCCACGCAGAGGUAUCGCCGCAAGCUCGAGAAGGACGACGGCUACGUUCGCUGCAUCGCCAAUCUGACUCCGGGCCUAGAACACUAUAUCUUUCAAAACAACGCAAUCGACAUGUAUCAAACGUAUUACUCAGAGUUUGAUGAACUACCGAAACUGGAGCAAAUGGACUGCCGGACUGUAAAUAUCUUCCGCGAUAACCCGUCAAGCGGUGACCGCCGGCCCGUGAGCUCUAUCUGUUGGCAUCCCGAGGGUGGGCAGAAGCUCGCGGUAUCAUACGUCAACGUAGACAUGGACCAAAACGCGCGGUCAUCCGUCGAAGCUUACAUAUGGGACGUGGAGAACCCGAACAAGCCCGAGAUGGAGAUCAAGCCACCAUGCCCCUUGCUGGACCUGCAGUACAACCCGAAGGAAGGCGCGGUGCUGGCAGGCGCGCUCAUGAACGGCCAGGUGGCGGCGUGGGACACGCGGACCCCGCUCGCGCCGGCGCUGCUGUGUCCGCCGCACGUGGCGCACCGGGACGCCGUGCGCAGCGUGCUCUUCAUCAACGCCAAGUCCGGCAUGGAGUUCUUCUCUGGCGGCACCGACGGCGCCGUCAAGUGGUGGGACAUCCGCAACUUCAACGAACCCACCGACGAAAUCAUUUUAGAUCUGGUGAAGCUCAACGAGUCCCAAUCGCUUUCCAACGCCAAGGGCGUCAGCGCGCUCGAGUUCGAGAGUACGAUACCUACGAGAUACAUGUUGGGUACCGAGGACGGAUUGGUCAUCACCGGCAAUCGUAAAGGCAAGACUUUACCGGAGAAACUCCCUGGCAAAUUCGAGGCGCACGUGGGGGUGGUGAGGCGCGUGGAGCGCAACCCCAGCUACCCGAAGAACUUCCUGACGGUGGGCGACUACACGGCGCGCGUGUGGAGCGAGGACUGCCGCGAGUCCGCCAUCAUGUGGACGCAGCAGGACCGCUGCUGCAUCACGGACGGCGCCUGGAGCCCCACGCGGCCCUCGCUGCUCAUGCUGUGCAAGUGGAGCGGCGUGCUGUGCAUGUGGGACCUGCUGCGGCGCCAGCACGAGCCCGUGCUCAACAUGCAGGUCUGCGACGAAGCCUUAGUCUACGUGCGCCCGCACGAUGCUGGCGCGCUGGUGGCGUCGGGCAGCAGCGCGGGCAGCGUGUUCCUGCUGGAGCUGUCGCGCAACCUGGUGGAGGCCGAGCCGCACGACCGCCUGCACCUCACAGCGCUGCUGGAGCGCGAGAGCAGGCGCGAGCGCAUCCUGGAGGCGCGCCUGCGCGAGAUCCGCCUCAAGCAGCGCCAGGCGGAGGAGGCGAGCCCGGCUCCCUCGCUCGCCUCGCUGGACGCGCCGCCCGAGGACCUGCACCACCUCGCCGCCGACUACUUCGCGCAGGUCAAGAAGGAGCACGCCGCGCUCUAGCCGCCGCCU